GAUAAUAAGCUACAACAAUAUCUACAAAAACAACAAGCACUACAAAAACAACACGCUUUACAAGCACAACAAUCUACUCUUAUCUAAUGGAAUCAGCUACGCAACGCUAGCGGCGUCUGUCGUCUAACCAAAAAUAAAUUAACAUCAGCAAGUCUUAGCUUAGAGACAAAAACAAACGAAAAGUUCAAAAAGCGCACAUACAUACAUACAUACCUACUUAAAUACUAAACAUACUUAAGCCUCGAAAAGGUCGCAACCAAAUUCAUGAGGCUCCUUCGCAUACAAAAACAGAGCAGCAAGCAGCAGUAUUGAAUAACGUUAGCGCCUACACACCCACACACAUAGCGCAUGCGCCCGCACUCAUACACUUCUAAAGGAUACUACUUACAUACACAUAUACAUAUAUGUAGUUUAUGCCAUAUGAUGAAGAAGAAGAGUUGCGCGCAAAACAACGUAAGUGCCACUAAAAGUGUAUGUAGUAGUCUAGUAUAACGCGCCUGUAGCACUUUUGUAUAGCUUUGUACGAGUAGAGUGCGUAAUAAGAUACUCGAAAUUUAUGUAUGUCAACUAUGCGUUGUAUAAUCGCCUAUUUGUAUGUGUGUGUGUGCAACAAUUACGUAAAAAUGUUUGACCUUUGACAGUAAACGCGCGGAUACGUUAAUCUAGUAGUCUUAACUUCAAAAGGAUAUUAAAUAACAAAGUAAUUAAAAAAAAAAAAAAACAGUACAUAAUUUAAAAACUGGUAGCUUAGAACGAAACCAACAAAAACUGCGCAUACAGAAAAUGUGCAGCAGCAAGGGUCCACAAAAGCCGAUGCUUAUACAAAGUGAGCGUAAAAUUGGCAACGGCACCCAUUAAAACAGUCAAGUGGAUGGUUUGCAGCAUAUUAAAAACAAAAAAACUUAUUUAGCACCUCCUUCAUAACUGAGGCACCCGUUACCAGCACCAGCACCAGCAACAGCAACAGCAACAGCAAUCUGAACAAAUUUAGCGCCCAUAAAUGAUGCCCGAAAUAGAUCGCGACGCUGUUGCGGAAAUGGUUAGUGGAGCGCAUGCGCCUAUCUUCAGCACCGCCGCACUACUCGCCAAGGAGCAGCAAAAAUUCAAACAACACUCCCGCUUACAGGCCUCACUGGCCGAGCAAGAUCACCUCAAUAUGGCCGCGGCCAGCUCGUAUGUGUAUCAGAGCCCUUUGACGAUACCACCGCAUGGCCAUCCGCAGUACAACAACUUCAGCUUGAACAACAACAAUAUUGCCGCUUUGAAUCACAAUAUGGCGGCGCAGCAUUUGGUACCUAGUCACGCAUGUAUUAGUCCUAGUGGUAAAGAAAAGCUUGCUAAUCUGCUUAAGGUGCGCGACCCCGAGCAACGCUUGGCGGGUAAUUUCCUACAGAAGACACUCGAAUCUACGCCACGCCCAUCGCCAACAAGCUGUUACACCAACGGCAAUGGUAGUAGUAUGGCACAUAUGGAGACGGCCUGUUUGUCAGCACCACCGUUACAUACACCGCUCUCACCGCCGCCGCCACCACCGCCGCGCGCCAAGACACCACAUCCACGGCGUUUGGACGCCGCUGCUAUGCCAACUUCAAUUAAAUCAACCAAAAUCCAUAUACAAAGUGAUCUCGAACUUAAAGCUGCUGCCAGUAAUGCCGCCGAAAGCUGGCAUCCGCAUGUAUAUGCGCGUCCACCUAUGCGGCCCACUCCUCAUGCCAUUGCGGACAUUCUAGGAUGGCGCGCCGUCUUUUCGCCGAUUCAACAGCAUAGUUUGACCGCCACCAACUGUGGCACAAAUGCAGUUCAUCGCGAAGCAAUGGAUGAGUCAUCUAAUUCUUCGUCCAAUGCCGCUAUAACGCUGCCUCCAGUACCUGCAAAAUCGCCCAAAAGUAUACUACGCAACUUUCAGCAACAGUUUGCGCAACAACCGCAAUCGCCGCAACGUGAACCCGGCCACUUGUGCAGCACAUCGGUGAGUGAGACGAGCGAAGAUGAUGCCAAUGGUGGCAUAAUGGAUCAGCCACUGGAUCUUUGCGUGCCAAAAAAGGCACGUGAUUCGCACUCACCACCACCGCAUGUGAAGCAGACGCAAAUACUGACAAAGGGAGCUGGCAGCAGGAAGAAAGAUGCCAAUCACACAGGCAAAUCGAGUGUUAAGAAGAAAAAACUUGCAGCCGCUGCUUCUGCGACAAGCGCAACGUCGCUUACAUCAACGCCGUCGACUGUUACGACGCCAGCGUCUUCAUCAUCGAUGCCAGUGCCGGAAGUGAGUCCUACCGGCAGCAGCGAUAGCGCAAUGCGCGACAAGCAAUUUCCCACAGUUAGUACACCACCCUCCUCCGCCACGGCUGCCGUAGAAACUACCGAAGACGAUUCGGAUUCGGGUUCGACGGAUGCGCGCCGAAAAAAGAAGGCACGCACAACCUUUACUGGACGUCAAAUAUUCGAAUUGGAGAAGCAAUUUGAGAUAAAGAAAUAUCUCAGUUCGAGUGAACGCACAGAAAUGGCUAAAUUGCUGAAUGUAACUGAGACGCAGGUGAAAAUCUGGUUCCAAAAUCGUAGAACAAAGUGGAAGAAACAGGAUAACAUUUCCAAUUCCGAGGUCGCCGAACACAAGACCACAAACCCUUCAAAAAAUGCACCUGAAAACAACGGUAAAACCCAGAGCAGCACCGCAUCAACGAGUUCCAGUGCUACUGCUGCAACAACAGCAAUGGAAACGUCGGGAAAAAAAUCGCAGCACCACCACAACAACAAUACAAAUAACAGCGCCCCAAACAUUGGUGGCAGCAAUGAAAAACAUCGCACCACAGCCACGAGCGAAUUAAGCGCCAAAUUGACUGCAAAACAAGCGACCAAAAUCAAAAAACAACUAAAUGCGCUACUGGAGAAAACCGCAAAAAAUUCAACGGCAGCGAGUGUAAACAGCAACAGCGCAGCACUGGUCAACGGUGGAGGAGGCGACAGCGUAACAACACCGAAAACUGCAGGUACCAGUGGGAAGUCGAGCAACAAAAACGUAGAGAAUGCACAACAACAUCCGCAUAAUCACCAACAACAACAACAGCACAACCAUCACCCCCACCACCACCAUCGUGUUGGCCAUCACUCGCAUUCGCAUGCUCAUCAUCGACAACACGCCAUCCCGCUGACUGUUGAGCCAGCCGCACCUUUGGAGCAGACAGAGAAACUCGAAAUCAAAUUAGAGGAAUCGCCACAGCAUCGGGAACUGCAAUUAAGCCUGUUGCGCGCUGCCAGCAAUCAUAGUCCACUGCACUUUAGCGACAUGGAUUUCGAAAGCAAAUUGGCCGCCUCGAAAAUAUCGAAUGCGCUACUCAGUGCCAAAUUGAAUGUGGAUAGAACGGAUGCAGCUGGAAGACGAAAUGGUAGUAGCCUCGAGAAAGAGUUGCAAAAAGCAACGAGUACAGCAGCAAAGACAAGCGAAGAAAACCAGCUAAAGGUGGAGAAAGAAAGUGGGGCAGAUAUGGCAAAAGAAGAGAUGGUGAUGGAACAGGAAACAGAUGUAAAGUCGCCAAUUAUCGAUGAACAUGAUUACGAAGAGCAUGAGGAGGACAAGGAUGCAGAGAUGCGCGAUGUUGAAAAUUAAAAAGGAAGAUUUUGUGAAGCGAACUUCCAGUCAAAUUGAACUGUGCCAAAAAUUAAAUAGAACACAAAAAUGAACAAAAUAUACUUUUUCUUGAAUUUAAGUAUGUAUGUAUGUAACUGGCUUACAGAACAAACUGUGGGCGCAGGAAAGAAGCUCAAUUAAUGAAUGGAUAGAUUAGUACCUUAAGUUAAACUGAAUAAUGUUGUACGUACACGGAUGUGCAUACAUAUUAUGUAUUACAUACAUACAUAGAUGUGUAAGAGUUAAGAUAAACAAACAUUGAACAAUCGAAUUAAAUUUAAAUAUAUAGUUUUGCUAAUACUUUUGCUUAUUGAAAAGUAGAUGUGUAAACAUGUACACACAUACUUGUACAUAGUAUAUCAUUUUCCCAUUUCGCUGCAGUUAAUCAACUUAGGUAAGUGUUAAGGAACGCUCAAUUGUUGCUUAAGUGUUGCCAUAAAUCCGCUUAAAAAAGUAAAAUAUACAAAUUUAUCUUAAUUAUUAUGUAAUUGUAAAUAUAAUAUCUAACUAAACUAUACACACGAAAUUCGAAUAUGAACACUAUAGAAAUGCAAGUACAUACUAUUGAAGAUAUUGAAGAGGGAAAAUGAAAGUAAACGAAAUCGAUGUUAACUUGGGUGUAAUGUGAUAAAUGAAAAUAUGUAAAAGAAUUAGGAAGACAAAAAAAUUUAAUGUAUACGAAAAAGCUGCAGGAGCAUAUCACACCCUGAAUCAAAAAUAGUCACAAAUGAAAAUUUUUCAAGCUUGACUUAUAUGCAUAAAACAAUUCACAGAUCAUACAUCUAAGCCUGCUAUAAUUUCUUCUUCACCACCUUCUUUAUGUGCCUGUUUUUGAUUUAGGGUGUGAUAUGAAUGUAUGGCAAUUUGCAUGUACGUAUUUAUGAACCUACAGGCUGCAGCAACAACACAAUUCUUACCCAAGCCGAACUUUGCUUACGUGGGAGUUCAUUUUCAAUUUAUUCGAUAAAAAUAAAAUAAAAAAUAGUUUGUAACACACACAGUUGUGUGUGCAAUUGUACGUGUUUACAAAUAUUGAAUGUAUUAAAUUACAUUAUUCAAACUUUAACUAUUUAUUGAAUGUACAAAACAUGAGCAUUAUAAGCUUAACAAUAACUAUGCGAAUAACAAAAUUACAUAUGCGAAAGGGCAAAUAAAUAUAUUAAUUAAAUACAAA